GCCCCCUACACACACAAGGAGCUGCUGAGUGUAUAGAGAGGGAUCAGAGCGAUCUUCUGCUGGGAUCUAUAGCCGGACUUCAUACACAGACAAUCAUGGAAUAUACAAGGAGGUCAGUCCUCUGCUGGCUGGGACUUGUGAUCGUGCUCUGUGCCGUGCAAUGUACACCGCACAGGAGAGGUAAUAACAGUGUCGAUCCAAGAACCUUUUACAUUUCUGAACAUUCUGUUGAUGAAUUUGAAGAAUUUCCAGACGAUGCAAUAGAUAACAUUGACGAUUUUCCAGAUGAGGCCAUAGAUGGAUCUGGAGAAGAAUCAGGAAUGGAGCCCACACAGCCUCGCACCCGGAGUAUCUUAAAGGAAGUAACAAACAUUACAAAGCAGGUUCAUCUGUAUCUGACUAGCCCACUGUUGACCAGAUUUGUACCGUCGGUGUACACCUUGGUAUUCAUUGUGGCGCUUCCUCUCAAUGUCAUGGCUGUCAUCAUAUUCUUAUUUAAAAUGAAGGUCCGAAAGCCAGCCAUUGUCUAUAUGCUGAACCUGGCCAUGGCUGACGUCCUCUUCGUCAUUGUUCUUCCCUUCAACAUUGCUUACCGAUUUGCUGGAAAUGAUUGGCACUUUGGACCCGCCAUGUGUCAGUUUGUCACUGCAGCAUUUUAUUUUAACAUGUACUGCUCCAUCCUACUCAUGACAAGUAUCAGUGUGGAUCGGUUCCUAGCGGUUGUUUAUCCAAUGCAUUCUCUUUCCUGGCGCACGAUGGGUAGAGCCUGGCUAGUCUGUAUCUUCAUCUGGAUUGUAUCUAUUGCCAGCAGUGCACCUCUUUUACUAAGUGAGCAGACCAAACAUGUUGCCUUAUUGGGCAUCACCACCUGCCAUGAUGUACAAGACCUGAAGGACCUCAAGGGAUUUUACCUUUACUAUUUUACCACUUUCAUCGUAGUCUUCUUUGUGUUACCAUUAAUCAUUACAACCAUCUGUUAUAUUGGCAUCAUUCGCAGCUUGAGCAGUAAAAGCAUUGAGAACUCGUGCAAGAAGACCCGAGCCUUAGUCUUGGCCAUUGUGGUGCUCUGUGCUUUCAUCAUGUGCUUUGGGCCCAGCAAUCUCAUCUUCCUAAUCCAUUAUUUGUACUUCAGUCAUGGAGCCAACCAGUCUCUGUAUUUUGCCUACAUCCUCUGUUCCUGCAUUAGCAGUAUCAACUGCUGUCUGGACCCGAUGAUUUAUUACUAUGGCUCCACCCAAUGUCAAAAGUACUUGUAUAGUUUGGUGUGCUGCAAGAAGUUAUCUGAGCCUGUAACCAGCAGUGGUCACUUAAUGAGCACAGCAAGCAAAAAUGAGACGGGCGUCAGCAGUGCAAAAAAUAGCGUCUACCGAAAACUUCUGACAUAAAUCUUUACUUACACGGUUUUGCUGAACAGCUAUAGACUUGCACUUUCCUUUAUGCACAGUAUAACUUGUUUCGAGUGACUGUGUUGCUUGGGCUGGUCCUUACAGAUCAGAUGUUUUCAGUUCACAUGAUCAACACACCUGUGUAGAUAAGUUUAUUACAAAAGAUCAGGAUACAAAAAAUGUAUUUAAUGUAAAAUGUAUUUAAAAACCACCCAGUUGGAGUUUGUUAGGAAAGUGCUUUCAGUGUAUAUCAGCCUUUCUCAACCAGGGUUCCAUGGCACCUUAGGGUUCCUAAAGAGAUUGCUACGGGUUCCUUGAGCAAUGAUCAGUUUUUACCUCUCAUGCCCCGUACACACGUUUGGAAAUUCCGCCAGCAAAAGUCC